UCACCAAACCAGUUGAUGAAUAUUACUAUUUUUUUUUCACUCCACAGACCACAACAGCCCUACAGAGUCUACAAUACGUGGUUGGGAGAUCCUGGAAAACUGUACCUGUUGGAAUCGUUCUUGAAUGUUCUCAAUAGGGAAAAUCUUCUGGAUCAAGUGAAUAAAAGCGGAGCAAGACUGAAAAAUGGGCUUCACUCAUUGGAAAACGAAUUUCCUUCACUGAUUAAUUCUGUUAGAGGAAGAGGAACCUUUUUAGCAUUCAACGCAACAAGUGUUGGUUUACGUGAUCAAAUUGUUGCAGCGCUGAAGAAGAAAGGUAUCCUCAGUGGUGGAUGUGGAAACCAGUCAGUGAGGCUGAGACCGGCCCUUACUUUCCAAGAGCAACAUGCAGAUAUUUUCUUGGACCGUUUGAGACAAGUACUGAAAGAAGUUAAAUGAAUCGAAUUAUAAGAAUAUAUUAAAUGAAAAAUCAAUUUCCAAAUAUCAAUGUAUACAAAAAUAAGGUAAUAAAUAAGAUUAUUUUAAUAAA